UUGUUUCUAAUGUUGUUCUCUCAGUGUUUCUGUCCCUGAACGCCUCUCGGUGCGUCUGUCCCUGAACGCCUCUCGGUGCGUCUGUCCCUGAACGCCUCUCAGUGUGUCUGUCCCUGAACGCCUCUCGGUGUGUCCUGUCCGUCCUCUAAGCGGCCCUCCGUCUGUAAAUGUGUGGCGGUCAGUCCGCUCUGUCUCAGCUCAUGUCCUCAUGUUUAUUUCUGGUCUGUGACUGUGAGUGGCUGAGUGCAGAGGAGGCCGGAUCAGCAGACGGGGGUGGAGGGAGGGUCUGGACCAGGACUAUAAAAGCCUCCACUGUCAGAGGACACAGACAGAUGCAGAAUGAACCAGGACCGGACCCUCUGAACACUGAGCCCGUCUGCUCUGGAGGCUGUGAUCACAGCUUUUGGACUUUGGGGAAACUCCUUCUUCUUCUUCUUCUUCUUCAGAUUCCACAAACAUCAGCGAAGGGAAGCUUGCCUCUGGUUCUUCUUUUUCCUUUGGCUUCUGCGUUUUGGCUGGUGUUUGCGUCCCCAUGGCGGCCGUUCGUCAGAUGGUGGUGGAGCCCUCGGGGUUCCACGUCCUGCCGGCCCACCUCAUGGCCUCUGCCAUGGAGGAGUUCCCCCAGCAGCUGCCCGUCCCCAAAGCCCCGUCCAGGGGGAAGAGCCGCUCCAGACGGCCCCGCGACGCCCGCUUCAAAACGCAGCCGGUGACGUUCGCCGAGAUCGCGGAGGUGGAGGAGGAGGGCUCGUCUCCGCUGGAGGAGGAACGGGCCCGCCGCUCCUUCCUCCAGUCUUUGGAGAACCUGAGGAGGAGCACCCAGACCCUGCACUGCUCUGCACCCCCCACCCAGCACACCUCCACCUCCACGCAGACCGCCAUGGACUCCAGCGACUCAGACUCUGCACAGUAACCGGGAGGCAGACGGGGAAACCGGACUGAACUGCAUCCAUGCGUCUAAUCCAAACUAACAUCCGGACAGUGGUUCAAAGGUCACAGACUGCUGUAGAUCUGAGGUACGAAGGCCAGAAAAACACAAACCCAUCAGCAUCAGCGUCACAUCCAAAGGUUCUAACCAAGGUUCCAGUAGUUUGGGAUUUUUCAUUCUAGUUUAGUUUUAUUUAGUUUGGACUUUUUUAUUUGGCACCACACAGGAGAGGAGUUAAAUUACACUUCAACCUGUCAAAUUUAGAACAUUUUCAACUUAAAUGAGAAAGAAAAACCCCAGCUGCUCACUUCAAUGCUACAAAAUGACAUAAAAUCAGACCACAUCAUAAACUUAAGGUUGCUUACUUUUCUUUCCUUUAAAUCAGUGUUUUUCAGCCUUGGGGUCGGGACCCCACGUGGGGUUGCCUGAAAUUUCUAGUAAUUGAGAAAAAAAUUAAAACUUACUAAUGCAAAUGUCCAUUAAAUAGCCUAAAUGU